AUGGCGGGCUACAACUCCUAUGCAGCGCAGCGUCGUAUUGGCACGAGCGGCGCACCACCUGACAGAGGGUCUUUCCCCCUCGACCACUGGAACGAUUGCACGUUUUUGAAAGACGACUAUUUGUCCUGCCUCCGACGCAAUAAAAUGGACAACCUGUCCUGCCGAUAUUUGACGAAGCAAUACCUGCAAUGCCGCAUGGAGCACAACCUCAUGUCGCAAGAGGAGUAUUGUUAUACUUGGUGUUUUUGAUGAACAAGGUCAAGAAGAAAAGACUGCAUAGUCCAGAUUUCACUUUGAUUUUCGCCACCAGCGAUACAGUGUAGAAAUGUUUUUCACUGGAGACGAUUUCUUCAUGCUCCUCCUGCUGCGUUACUAGUGUUAGACUUUACACUUUUUUUAGAUGAUCUGUUUCCCACUUUCAGCCUUCCCUCCCUCGGUUUCCGGGAAAACGCGCAGGAAGUCGAGAGAGAGCCCCGUAGCCAGGAAUCCGAUGCGCAGAGACGACAACGAGACGGCUACAUGCCAGGAUACAACGCACUGGUGCUCGAGGAUCGGGAUAAGUGGCGAAUUCUUCGGAUUUUCAGCAUGCCAGACGUCACGACAGCGAGGCAGUGGCUACAAGCGAUGUUUCUGCUGGAGCCAGAAAGGCGGGAUAAGGAGUUGUCUUCGGGGAAACCAAAAACAUGACAGCCAUUCGCAUGAUAGAUAAGAUUAAAACGUCAUCAAGCGCUGGAAUUUAAUCCAACAGAUACAGAUAGCUUCAUUCACUUCGCACGGACUUCAAAACCUCUGAACCGUGGCACGGACAGCGCCGCGUUUUCGUUUUCCUGUUCAUGAGGAGCAGUGAGAGAGGACAAUUACCAUACUUAAAAUUUACACUGUGACUGUGCGAGGAGAGGUAUUGAACUGAAC